AUGGCUGGUUUCACCGCCUGUUAUCCACUGGAUUCUGCAUUCUACUGGGACAACCUCACCACUCAAGAUGGUACUUACAACUUCUGCAACGGCUGGAUCGAGACACAAGUUCCUAAGUGCACAGCCUGCCUAGAGGCUGGUACGACGAAGUAUCUCAUGAACUAUGUCACCGUAUUGGAUGCUGCCUGUAGCCAACUUCCAGCUAUUGGCUCCACUCUCAGUGUCCAGGGCACUCCUUUCUCUACCGUUCGAAUGAACGUGACGACGCCUUCUCAACCUUCAGAUUACACCUACACUCCUUCCCAUUCCGCUAUCUCAUUGGGUGGAAAAGUUGGCAUCGCAAUCGGAGGAUUGGUAUUUGUUCUCGCCCUUGCAGGAAUCGGCAUUGUAUGUAUUGGCCGCCGCCGCCGUCGUGCUUACCUCAGGAGCUUGGAAAAACGCUAUGGACAGACUGUGUGGCCGUCUCCAAAUGCUGGCUAUCCCGGUACCGAUAUGUUUGAGACACCUACGAGCCAAAAGCCACUGCGAGGCUGGGACAACCAUUCGCCUAUGACUGCCUCGAGCGACAACAAUCAAUUUUCACGGUACUAUUCACCGUACAGCUCGCAAUACAAUAGCCCCGUCACCGCGGCAGAUGCUAAACAUCAUGCAUGGCCAGCUGUGGGCUCUAUACCAGACGCCUUUUCUCCAAGCGGUAGCGACCUCAUGUUUAAGUCGUAUACAGGCGCUGAAAUUGAUCCGGGGGUUGGCAGUAGCAACUCCGCAAGUCAGCACUACAGUCCGACACAGGAACGGUUUGAGCGGGUGGCUCACGAACGGGAGCUGGCUCAAAUCGGCCAUGCAGUUGACAGCUCCAGCCCAGGCAUAAGCAGAUUGAGCUCUAAUAUGAGCGGUGGAGCAACACACGAUGAUUCUUACCUGUCGAAAUCGUCGCAACCAAUAGUAGGGUUCAGUCAGGUCCCAUCAUCGGGGAUGUUUGCGAAAGAAACCCAAGGCAACAAUGAGUCAUACGAACUAAGAGAGAUCGACAGUAAUGGAAAUCCAAUUGCAGGCCCUUCAGCGUCAGUUCCUGCUCUGCGACAUCCAGGAUAUGGCCGCAGCGGACAUUCACCCACAUCGUCAGGUUCAUCAACACCAUACGGCGGGCUUACUGAGGCAGACGCCAAAAGUGUCAAAGCUGUGUGA